UUCGGUUUUUCCGGGGGCAUUCGGUAAAGUCCCAACUAGAAAGAUUCAAGUGGUGAUCAUACCGGCAGUUGAGCAUUUUUGGAAUGCUGCGGAAAACAAAAGGCGUAGCCAGAAGGGAAAAACGCCAAGAAUGAAUCUCAUUUCCCGUGGCAUCGGCGGUCUGGGAAGUGGCCAACUUGGAGACUCCAACUUGGCUAAAUGGGAACUUCGCACCGUGCCACUUACAGAAAAUAUGUGCUUGUUUUUGAUCUUUGUUGUGGCGUUUUGUUAUGAAAUGAGUGAGAGGCAGCGAAGUGUACCGAACCGCACCGCACCGGCAAGAACUCAGCUGCUCGAACCACAUACCAAGAUGCCCCAUCCCUCACCCGACUCCCUUAGUCGCGGUUACCUUCUUCCCGAUCCCCGUUGGCACUCCGCUCCUGCAGUCCAGUGUCCAACUCCAGCUCCAUUUCGACACGGCAGAAAAUAAUAACUCCUUAGAUACAAAAGGAUCUUCUACCUACAGAUGGUUUAUUUUGAGAUUUUGUUAUAAUUUUCAAGUUACUGUAAGAGGAUGAACUGAGUUUUCAAACUGAAUAGGUAUCUAAAGCGUUUCUCUCAA